AUGAAUCCAGUAAGUCCCUGGAUCGCGGCUUUGGCCGACCAAUGUCUCUCAUUCUACCUCGGUCAAAAUGAUCAAGAUGAAGUCCAGGUGGAGGAUGUUGAUGGAUGUCUCAGCUUCACUAUACGCAAGCUCACACUCAAGACAGCUGUUGUUGUAUCAUGGGAACAAGGAGAGCACAAUCACCGCGCCACAUUCACAGACUCAAAGAACCAGAUCGAUGCGAUUAUUUCACGAGACUCACCGGAUGCACAGGGAGCAACCUCACCCUGCCCACCGUCGGUCAAAGGGGGCCCCAGGCACCUGGUUGAACUUUCUGAUAUCAAGCUCAUUUUUACGUACUCAGCAGCUAGCCCAGAUGUCUGCCUCCAUGUCAAUCGCUUGACCAUCCACCGGAAUGCGGUCCCAAAGGGGGAUGUGCCGAAACCAAAACUCAAGAAGGCGGCGGCUCUCAGAAGCCUGAUGACUAUGGUGUGCGAGAAAAUCCAACAGACCCGAGAGCAUGCUGGCCCCAAUAGCCAAACAAAUACGGGCUUGAUCGAUCCAUUUGUUUCUCAGCGUGACCAAGCCAUGCCUCAUUCUCAAAACAACUCGGUGUCACAAUCGCUCUUCUCCCAACACCCGCCUAAUAUGCGCCACAGCGCACCGAAGAGUUAUUCAAUGGCCAAAAGUGUUUCCCUAAAUGGGUCAUCAGAUCUCCUGGGAUUGCUCACGACUUCUCAUCCUAUUCAAGCGAAAGACACAGCCACUAGAGAGCCUAUCGAGGCCCAUGGACUGUCUCUGGGUGACAGUCACAGCAGGCGUUCUCCCCCAACAAAUAAAAGAAAGUCGGCGGCACUAAAGGACAUUGGUAGACCUCUAACCGGAACACAACCCUCAUUCCAGAGACUUUCUACCAACACUACCGAUGCGACGCGCGUUAGUAAAUCUGCUACCAAUCCGCAUUACACCAAUAUUGAACGAGAGGUCGACAACUUUAUAGCAGAGUGUAAGGUUCAAGUCACGACAUCUCCAAAUGAGUCAGAUUAUCGUGGGCAGGCUCAUAGUGUUGCUACGGGGGACAAUCAACAAUUUUCGAAAAAAAGACAUCGUGGCAGUGCAGAUGCGCCAUCACAAGCAGCGCACGGCGAUGAUCUGGACUCGCAAAACUGGCCAAGUUCGAAUACAUUACCCUGCAAAAAGCGACAGCGUAUUGAUGCUAGAGAGGUGAUACCGGCGGACCCAACUGAAUUUGAGCAAGUGCAAAACAAGACCGUGCCGUCACUUCCUAGGGUGCAGAUUGUAAGCACCAAAGCAGACAUUGUGUGCCUAUCCGCAACAAAUCCAUGGGAAGGAAUGACCAAGAUACCUUUGAGCGAAGUCGAUAUUCCAAAGGAUCAAGCAGAACUUUUGGAAGGACUGAAAUGGAUCCCUCAGGAGCCCGGUGUAUCUGCACCUCUAUGUCACGUACCACCUCAUCUUUUGACGCAGUGGAACAACAUUGCACGAAGAAGGCAACAUUUGGCAGAAGAACAAGAAGCAGAGGAACAAGAAGCAGAAGAACAAGAAGUAGAAGAAGAGGAGCAAGUAUCUGAACGUGCCCUUACCCCGACCCAGGAAGAUCCCUAUACCUCUCCCAUACCAUGGUCUCCGUCCCCAGAUAGGACCCCUGCUCGAGAUGUUCUUCCACGGGACACCGCUUCUCCCCCAACAUACAUACGGCCUACCAGAAAUCUUUCUACGCCAAAUCGUACUCAACAUAGCAUUGAUCGAUCUGCAGAAGAUGGCAAUGUGAGUAUGGUGAAUGUAUCUUGCAAUGCUCCUUCUCAGACAGGGCAGGAGGAUAUUGACCUGUCAAAGGGCGGCAUGAACUCAGCAGAUCAACAACGUUCUCCGUCUCCUGAGGAAGUAACAAGAAAGCCGAAAAAUUCUGUGUCUUCGGACCAUGAUCCUGGUGAUGACCCAUUUCCAAGGCACAACGCUUCAAAGUCGCUUGAUGUGGUCAAUGCUCAGCCCUCAAGUACAAUACAGGAACAUUUUCACAAUGAAUCACCUGCGGAGAAUGCCCCAUCUAAAUCUGAACUACGUGGUGAAUCAAGUAGCGAUGAAAGCGAUGAGCCAGAAAUGGAAACAUAUGUUCCUUUCGCUCUGGGUGGGAGCCUUCCAGCAAGCAGUCAGCCUGAGCAGGAACUCACUAGCUCGGGACCGUCGCUUCCAAGAUUUGUAGGGGGCACCAUCCAAGUGGUAGAGACACCUGCAGUCCAUACCACAAGUCUGAAUCCUGAGAAGAAGAGCAAACAGAGAGCUGUGUUUCAAGCCCCGAGCUCUCAACAGCCAUACUCUCUGGCUCUGAAGACAUCCCCCUCGUCCCAAAUUCUCAACACCUACCGUUCACAAGAUAGCCACGGGCAUAGUGACUUAUCCCAGAAGGCACCAAAUCCAUCUUUACCGGUAUUGGAAGACGAAUCACUGCGAGUGGAUGUGCUUGGUACUCAGACUCAAACGAGCAGCGUACAUGCACCAUCUCAGGCGACUGUCCAGUCAUCCUCGGACGUUGUACUUGAUUCAUCGAGACCUGCUCAACGACAGCGUGGGUCUUCUAUCUUCCAUUUAGACGCCUCGGACGACCCGUCCUCUUUUCCUUACGCCAGCUAUCACUCGCUGCCCAUGUCUCAACUUCAUGAACCAAGUCAAGAUUCUUCGAGAGGACCCUUUUCCCUCGACGGAGCCUCGCAGUUGCCGGGAUUGUCCCCUAUGGAACUCACUACCUGGGUCGCUACUCAUGGUGAAUCGCCAUCCAAAUUUUCACGCCCUCCGCGCUGUGAGAAUGCUGAUGCUGGCCAAAAGGCAUCUCACAGUCCAAAUGUCGAGUUGGUCGCACGCCGACAGGGCUUUAUUGGCAAGUCUGACAAGUACGCUGAAGCACAGACAAUCUAUGAAAAAUUCUGUAAUGAUUACUCGCUAUAUUCUGGUGAUUUUGCUCACUUCACUGAGAUGUGCUCGAAACUGCAGACAAUGCGGCAAAGGGGUCAACUUCAACGCUCGUUCCUGUGGGAUGACUUUGUCAUCCAACAUCUAGAAGAAUACCCACGGUAUUUCACAGAGAGUGCGUCACAAGAGUCGAAGCCUCUGGUCUACGAAGACUUCUUUUGUUCAACAUUCACACGCCCCCGACACAAAAAAAGAAGCCUCACAGCUCACGGAGUUGAGAUAGUCGCGUCUCAGUUUGUUCCGGCUCCACAUCAAGUGACAAUCCAAGGAGAGGUAGCCCAGGAUAAAGCGAUACAAAACGAAGUGGCCAAUUCUUCUUUCACAGCCAGCCUUGUGGAAAAACUCUCAACCCUCCAUGCUCAGUCCUUUGGUGAUGUUCCUGUUCCGGAUAUCUCCAUGCCCACUGCAACACAGCCAUCGCCAUCCCCAUCUACUAGCACCAGCUCGCAUUCGAUGGAGCUCAAAGUUGAAUCAGAUGAUUCUUUCAAUGAACAAAUUGACUCCCAAAUUAUCACCAGCAGCAAUGAUCAAAAGCCUGUGUUCUCUAGUCAUGAUGAAGAGAUGAUCGAUGCAACGCAAUACGACGCAGAUAACAUUCGCAUUGCGCCCGAUGCAAACGACGUUGAAAUGGCCGAAACUGGCAUGGACGAAAUUGACGAGACACAGGAACGAGAUGACACUCACCAUGAAACUGCAAGCAUUGAACUCGGCGAUGACACUGACGAUCACCACAUCUCUACCUCUCCCGCCGCGCCUGCGGCCCUGGGUUCUCUGAAUGUUGCCGAGCCCGAGCGGCCAAGGCAACGAAGACCCUGGUUCCGAUCUCUUCGGAACAUAUUCCCCACAGGUCCUGUGUGGUCCGACGACCCCGACACGCCGUUCAAGCGUUGGGCUCGCCAAGACCAGAACGUUCUUCAGGAACUCAAGCGUCGCGGUGGAGCUAGGGUUUUAACGGAUGAAAAGGGUGUCAUUCGUUGGCCCACCUACAACCAAGAGAAGAACCCUGAUCCCUAG